AUGGGAGAUAUUGGGGAUUUUCCUAAUACUUUCAAUAACUCUGGAUCAUUAUAUUCUUUGUGCUCCAGUGACGGUAAAUUAAAAAUAUGGGACACUUCAAAUAAUAUAUUAAAACAAGAAUGUGUGAGAACAUCUCAUCUUAAUUCCUGUUGUACGUGUUUAAUAUGGAUACAAGUAACAAAACAUAGUGGACAUAAACGUAAAAAAUUAAAAUCUGUAGAACACAACAUUGAGGAAAGUUUGGACGUAAUUGCCGUAGGUUCUUCAUUAGGUAGUAUUUCAUUGCAUGAUGUUGCCACAAAUUCAACGAUAGCAGAAUUAGAGGGACAUUCAGGAAAAGUAAAUAGUUUAUCAUGGGCAAAUGGUACAACAUCUUUAUUCAGUUGUUCAAGUGACAAACACAUUAUCGAAUGGGAUUUAUUUCAACACAAAAUCAAAAGCAAAUGGAAAAUAAACAAAGAAAACACUCAUUGUAUAUUGGCAUUAAGUAAUGGUAAAAAUUUAUUAACUGCUAGUUUUACUAUUAAAUUAUGGGAUUUGGAAAAAAAAGAAGUUACUAAAGUUUUUGUCGGACAUGGUACGGAAGUUAUUUCAUUAGUAGAAGUGCCUAAUAAGGAUGGAUAUUUUGUUAGUGCUGCCAAGGGUGAUAGAGUUUUAAGUGUUUGGUCAUUGAACUCGACGGAUAAAAAAUCUAAUUCAAUAGCAUCUUUAAUUCUUCAAAAUGCAGCUCUUUCAAUGCAAAUGAUAAAUGUUGAAAUGGAAACACCGACAACAUUAUUCGCUCUAACAGAAGAAGGAGUCCUUCAAAUAUUUAGGCACAAAUUUAACGGGAAUUUAAGCAAGCCUUUAAAACCAGUUAUGACAAUUUCAUUAGCAUCGGAUAAUAAAGAAUCAAAAUUUAGUAAUCCAAUUCCAAUAUAUGCAAUAUAUCCUAUAUCAAAUGAUAAAAUACUUGUCGCCUAUGGUAAUCUAGCAUUUUUGUUUUUCGAAGUAAUUACAAUAAGUGAAUACGAUCAGGAAAAUGUUGUUCUCGUCAGGGAGGGUAAAAGGAAAAAGGUUGUAAAUGAAUUUAACAGCAAGGCAAAAGUUCCAGUGAGUGGCAACGACGUGGAAUAUCAAUCUGCAAAUUUAGCUCAAAAAAGGGGAAAUAAAAAAAAGAACGAAGCACCGCUUGAGGAAAGGCUUGAAAAUUUAGCACUCGUCAAUCCGCAGUCGAACGAACCUCCGAAAAAGGAUAACACGGCACAAUUAUUGUUGCAAGGCCUUCAAAGCAAAGAUAAAAACAUAUUGCAAAGCAUUCUCAUUCAAGCAGAGCCGUCGGUCAUCGAUGUCACGGUAAAACAUUUACCCGUUCAAGCUUUGGUUCCGCUAAUACGAGAACUCAGCGGUUUAAUGCACGGGAAAACUUUUACAAAUAAAAGCGCCGUAGAUUGGUUACAUUCCAUCGUGCGUACGCAUUCUGGAAUACUUUUGUCAAAUUCGGAACUCUCGGAAAUAUUCGAACCUUUAUUGGCGUCGAUCGAUGCAAGAGUUUCCGUGUUGACUCCUUUGCUUAAAUUAAAAGGACGAUUAUCAUUAAUAACCGAGCAAUUGGGUCACAAUUUAGACGAAACGGUCGAAAGUUCGAUGGAACCUUUAUUUACUUAUCAGGAAGAAUCAUCUGACGAUGGAGAUUUAGAAAAAAUGUCUGAAGGAUCGUUGACGGGUUCCGAUGAUGAUUGGGACGAAUACUCGGAAAUGGAAGAGGAGGAAAUGGACGAAAAAUAA